CAUCUCUUCUUUUCUUUUUCUUCUUUUCUUUUUUUUUUAAAAUUUAACCUUGUGUCUGCUGAUGGAGCUCCGUGAACUUGAAACAUGACGGGACGCGAGUGUCUCUCCCUGCGUUCACCUCGUCGGCGCCUUCACCUUCACAGGUAGCCGUGGGGAGGAAGGAGAGAGAGAAAAAAAGAAAAAAGAAAACGCCGGGUUUUUUUUAUGCAUUUAUUUUUUUUACCCCUUCUUUCGGGACCUGCAUUGAUUUUGGGACCUAAUGGAAGACACCACAAACCGCUGACCACCUUUGCUCGUCUCGUGUCUGCCGGAGAGCGACGCUGAUCACCGCAAUCACCGCAGGUCGCGCAAUUAAAUCCAGACCGUUCCUGAAGUUAAAUGGGGGGAAAGGAACUGCGACAUAUGCAGCCUCAAAUUUACCCCGACCAGCUGCUUUUAUCCAAAACCUGCUCUUGAGUCUGAUCACCUUUUUUUCUUUUUCCUUUUUUUGUUGUGGAGCGAUUAUUAUUAUUAUCAUCAUAUUUUCCUCCCUCCUUCCCUCGCUCUCUCUCUGUUUCGUUCUCUUUCCUGGACCCGAAGGCAAGAGCUGACAGAGAAGGAUAUCUUUCCCAGAAUUAAACUCGUACACGCUGGUACACGGGAUGAGAAGACUAUGAGCUGACACACUCCAGUUUUUUUUUCCUCUUCCUCUUCUUCUCCUGCGCUGCAACGGAUUUGGGUUUGCUCGUGGACGAUUCCUGCCAUCACAUGCAAGGAGUCGCUGCCUGUGUCAACGCUGCGUAGAAAGAAAGCUUUCAGCUCGCGAAGACUGGAAACACACUAACGCUGUCAUGGAUCUAAAAGACUAUUACCUGUUGGGCGCCCUGCUCGCCUGCAUAUGGCUCGAUCCUUCAAUAGCCCAAGAGCUAAUCUACCCCAUCCGAGAGGAGUUGCAAGAAAACGUCCUCAUUGGAAACAUACCAAAGGACUUGAACAUUUCCCAUACAAAUGCUGCCACUGGAGCAAGUGCUAAUCUCGUGUACCGGCUCGUCUCCAAAGCAGGAGAUAACCCACUGGUCCGUGUUCUGAGCAGCACUGGAGAGAUAUUCACUACAUCAAACCGAAUCGACAGGGAGAAGUUAUGCCCCGGCCCCUCGUUUGAGGACAGCGAGUGCUCUUUUGAAAUUGAAGUGGUCAUCCUGCCUAAUGAUUAUUUCAGGCUGAUUAAGAUCAAAAUAAUCGUCAAAGACACAAAUGAUAAUGCCCCCAUGUUCCCGUCCCCUGUGAUCAACAUCUCCAUCCCGGAGAACACGCUCAUUAACAGUCGCUUUGCUAUUCCUUCUGCCACUGACCCAGACACUGGCCCCAACAGUGUCCACAAAUACGAGCUGAUCAAUGGGCAAAGUGCCUUCGGCUUAGACAUAGUGGAAACGCCUGAGGGGGAGAAGUGGCCCCAGCUCAUUGUGCAGCAGAAUCUGGACAGAGAGCAGAAGGACACAUAUGUGAUGAAGAUUAAAGUAGAGGAUGGUGGGAAUCCACAGAAAUCCAGCACUGCCAUUCUGCAGGUCACUGUCACAGAUGUCAACGACAACAGACCAGUCUUUAAGGAGAGUCAGAUAGAGGUGCAUAUACCAGAGAACUCCCCUAUUGGCACGUCUGUGGUGCAGCUUCAGGCCACAGAUGCAGACAUAGGGGCAAAUGCAGAGAUACAUUAUGUAUUUGGGACUCAGGUGUCUCCUGCUACAAAAAGACUGUUUGCAUUAAAUACAACAUCUGGCCUAAUUACGGUGCAGAGGCCCCUGGACAGAGAGGAGACUGCUAUUCAUAAGCUCUCUGUUUUAGCUAGUGAUGGCAGCUCAAGUCCAGCCAGAGCUACUGUUACGAUUAAUGUGACUGAUGUUAAUGACAAUCCACCUAAUAUAGACCUGAGAUACAUAAUCAGUCCCAUUAAUGGCACUGUUUUCCUCUCGGAGAAGGAUCCCAUCAAUACCAAGAUAGCUCUGAUCACAGUGUCAGACAAAGACACUGACAUCAACGGCAAGGUCAUUUGUUUCAUAGAGAAGGAUGUGCCCUUCCAUCUCAAAGCUGUAUACGACAACCAGUACCUGUUAGAGACAUCUGCACUGCUCGACUAUGAAGGGACAAAGGAAUACAACUUUAAAAUUGUGGCUUCUGACUCGGGAAAGCCGAGCUUGAAUCAAACUGCCUUGGUGAGAGUGAGGCUGGAGGAUGAGAAUGACAACCCGCCUAUUUUUACUCAGCCAGUUAUUGAGCUGGCUGUUAUGGAAAACAACAAACGCGACCUGUUCCUCACUACUCUCAGUGCCACAGAUGAGGACAGCGGGAAAAACGCAGAGAUAGUAUAUCAGCUGGGACCAAAUGCAUCAUUUUUUGAUCUCGACCGCAAAACAGGGGUCUUGACUGCAUCCAGGGUUUUUGACCGAGAGGAUCAGGAUAGGUUCCUCUUCACUGUAACGGCAAGAGAUAACGGGACGCCCCCUCUGCAAACGCAGGCAGCCGUUAUUGUAACUGUGCUUGAUGAAAAUGAUAACAACCCCAAGUUCACACAUAACCACUUUCAGUUCUUUGUGUCUGAGAAUCUUCCUAAAUACAGCACUGUGGGGGUGAUAACUGUGACAGAUUCAGAUGCUGGAGAAAAUGCUGCUGUUUCUCUUUCUAUACUGAAUGACAAUGAGAACUUUAUACUAGAUCCGUACUCUGGGGUGAUAAAAUCUAAUGUGUCAUUUGAUAGGGAGCAGCAGAGCUCCUACACUUUUGAUGUUAGGGCUGUGGACAGUGGCAGGCCUCCCUGCUCCUCAGCCGCAAAGGUGACCAUCAAUGUCAUUGAUGUGAAUGACAACACUCCCAUCGUCAUCUACCCCCCCUCCAACACGUCUUUUAAGCUUGUCCCGCUCUCCUCUAUCCCAGGAUCUGUGGUAGCUGAAGUGUUUGCAGUAGAUGGUGAUACAGGGAUGAAUGCGGAACUCAAAUACACAAUUGUGAGCGGGAACAACAAGGGUCUGUUCAGAAUUGACCCGGUCACGGGGAAUAUUACUCUAGAGGAAAAGCCAGCUGUAACUGACAUAGGCUUACACAGAUUAGUGGUCAACAUCAGUGACCUUGGAUAUCCUAAAUCUCUCCAUACUCUGGUGCUGGUAUUUCUGUACGUCAAUGACACUGUGGGGAACUCGACGCUCAUCUAUGAUCUCAUCCGACGCACCAUGGAGACCCCGAUUGACCGAAACAUCGGGGAGAGCAGUGAAACUUAUCAAAGUGGUGACUAUUUAACCAUAAUGAUAGCCUUUGUUACUGGCGCCUUAGUGGUGAUUAUUGUCAUCUUUGUCACUGUGCUGCUGCGUUGCCGCCACGCUUCCAGGUUCAAAGCCGCACAGAGGAAAAAACAAGGAGCAGAGUGGAUGUCACCCAACACAGAAAACAAGCAGAACAAGAAGAAAAAGCGCAAGAAAAGAAAAUCCCCCAAAAGCUCCCUGCUCAACUUUGUCACCAUCGAGGGGAACAAACCCGAUGAUCCUGCCCACGAGCCCAUCAACGGAACCAUCAGUCUGCCCACCGAGCUGGAGGAGCAAGGGAUUGGACGCUUUGAUUGGAAUGCCACACCUACCACAACCUUCAAACCGAGCAGCCCAGACCUGGCACGGCACUACAAGUCCGCCUCGCCGCAGUCGGCCUUCCACCUCAAGGCCGACACACCGGUCUCAGUGAAGAAGCAUCACGUGAUUCAGGAGCUCCCAUUGGAUAACACAUUUGUUGGGGGCUGUGACACCCUUUCCAAGAGAUCCUCCACGAGCUCCGACCACUUCAGUGCCUCAGAGUGCAGCUCCCAAGGAGGGUUCAAGACGAAGGGGCCCAUGCACACCAGACAGCAGGUAAAAGAGCACUUUUACUGGUCUAUAAGUACUGCCUAUAACUGCCCUGUUCCACAGUGCUAAAGUGCCAGUCUAGAUUAGGGACUCACUCUAAGGUACUGUGAAGCAACAAAAAAGAGUACAGGAGACAUUCUGCUUCAGCAAGUUCCACUGUUUCUCAACUAAAAAGUGAAAAAAGAGAGAAAAAGUAACUUGAACAACAGUUAAUUAAUGGAGUUGAUUAUGGACUCUACAAUCACAUGCAUCAUUUGGGGCUGAUAAUUAUAGACUGAUGUUUUGUCUUUACUAUAUAUUUAAUUCAUAUUUAACAAAAUGCAAGUGGGUAAGUGAUUGCCUUGCCUUAUUUUGUCUCUUCAGCACCCAGGUUAGAUCACUGGUAAAAUGUACCAACAUAACAUUAAUUGUGACUCAGUGUUCUUUGUGAAAGAAACAUUUUUUUCUUGCCUAUCUACUCAGAUUACUGUUAUCAUCAUAGACAAAUGCUGCACACAUCCCCCCCCCCAAAAAAAAAAAAAAAAAAAAACAUCAACAAAAA